AUGUACGCUCUCACCAUCAUCGUCGCCGCCCUUGGUCUGGCCACCGCCUCCCCUGCCUCCGACUUCUCGCCUCGCCAGGUCGCUGCUGUUGCCUCCGUCGACCGUUAUGCUGGUGCUGGCUGCAGGAGCACCAUUUGCAACAAGGCUGGUUCGGGGGAUCUCCACGCCGGAUGCAAUGCCAUCACCGACGCUUGCCAAGCGAGCUUGAGGCUCAACUAUGCCAACGCUGGUUGCAAGGUGGCUAUCUGGACAGAUGCCACAUGCACCAGCGUGAACCAGUUCGCCAAUGUCACCAUAACUGGAGAGUGCUACGCUCUUGGCCCCCCUAUCAAGGGUAUCUCCGUCACUUGCUAG